AUGGACAUGAAACCUAUCGUCCAGUCGCGCGCCUCUAGCUACAUGUCGUGGGUCGGCGUGCGGACGCAAUCGACGCUGAAAAGAUCGCCAGCCAACGUGAAAACCUUCUGGCUCGAAAGCCAACGUCAAGCUCGCAGCGACUUCCGUACCCGCGCGGGCAGUGGGUGCUUGUGGGUGCUGGUCUUUGUCUGGUUCUCCAGCCUCACCGCUGGGUUUGUGUUUCUGUGUGUCUUUUCGACUUGGACUAAAGAAUACACGCUACCAUCUGCCUGCCUGCCUGACGACUCGUUUAAUCUCCAGCCUGGCAGUUAUCAGUACUGGUCGAACUCGGGAUUCUUCCAGAUCACCCUGGGAUUCGGACGCCUGACUUUUACGCAGGCAAAAGCUAUAGAUGUUAUCUGGGACAUGGCCAUUGGCCGGGGAGGUCAGGGCCUUCUCGCGCUGCUAUCGUGGCAGACGUUCGUGCAGCAUGUAACGACGUCGAUGGAGAUACAGCCCGUCACCUUCAACACGUAUCGCACUAUAUUCCUGCAAAACGAGUCUCUCAUCUUGGCGAUCCCACGCAUCAUUCGAGACUUCAGCAGACGUCGGGGCCUGCAUUCCAGAUCCGCCAUGGUCUUCAUCGUCCUGACGAUGAUGUUUGUCCUGAUUUUUCCGACGCUCGGCAGUGCCAUGACGGGUUACAGUGGUAAUGUUGAAGCGUACGUGCCUGAUUCGGCGGGCAACAACAUUCUGUUCAGCAGUUUUCGGCCCCUUUACUAUGUUAUCCACGAUGGGAGCCGGGUCAACUUGACCGACGACUACGAAGUACUUGCCGUUCAGGAAGCGGGAGAUCCGGUCAUUGAAUCCACAUCGGCCUGGGCUCAACGCACCAGAUAUGACUUGGGUGCAGACUGCAGCCCACUUGACUCUUACUACAGAGAUAGAUGUGUCUCGUAUCAACGCAUAUACAACGUCUCGGCAUAUGUGGGACUCUACCGCACUUCUCGAAACGCAACAUCGACCUUCGCAGGCGUUGGCAUCGGCUCUCCGCUCCUCAACAUCACGUCCUACUAUUCAGACUGGGAGCCAGACAGCUACUCGUUUUCGUGGAUGCCACAGCUGAACCACUCCAUGUGGCUCAAUGCAAGCGGACCAGCGGUCGACCAGGCGUACACGCGCAGCUGGACAGCGUCAGGCGAGCACUUUGACAUGUACAGCAUUGCAGCCAACGGCGUCUGCCAAGCGACAAAGGAUUAUCAAUGGGGCUUCUCCUACAUCCAACUGAUCAUCACGAUGCUCCUACUAUGGCUCUGGACGCUAGGCACGACAGCGCUGCACGUGACAUCAAAGUUGCGCCUGAAGCAGCGCGGCCGCGCAUCAGUCGCAGGCGAGUACAAAGCCGUCUUCGAGCUCUCCGAGGCCAUGCACGCGCAGCUCGCCGGCACCGACGACGCAGCCGACGUGCGCCAGCUCACCGAAUCGACGCUGCGCCGCCGCAUCGAAACAGACCUGCACGGCGGCGCCAUCGCGUACGAAACCGCGCUGCUCCCCGACGAACGUGGCGACGAAGGCGAGGCGUGGACCCUCCGGGCGUGGGCGCGGCGGGAGGCGUGGUGGCUAGCCGCCCUCGCUGUAUCAGUCUCGAUUGACAUACUCUGCAUCCGGGCCUUUGUCCAGCUGCAGCGGGUCGACCUGUUCGUCUUCUUUGCGCUGCCGCUCGCGCUGGGGUUCGCCAUGUACGUGGGCGCGACGCAUGCGAGUCGGGGGAUGGUGCUGGGGUGGGCGGUGCUGGCCGUGUGUGUUGUCCCUGCUGUUACGUUGGCGGUUGUGCUGCAGAUGUUGUGGGGUGUGUAG